UCUGGCUGCUCUCCCGUCGCCCUCUCUGCCCGUGACUGGUUUCUUUUUUGGUUCUGCUCCCCUCCCUAAACUCUCCUCUCUAGGGUUAGGAAAUUACCAUGGAUCAUUGAGUUCUUGUACUGAGAUUGGAAGGGAAUGGAGGCCUUAUCCUCCUGUGCCCUCCGGGGUGUUUGAUUCAUCUUUUUUGCUGUGUUCCUUUUAUUCCCGUGGUUUGGAGUUGGCUCUGUUUUUGGUGCAGGAGCUUUGGGCGGCUUGGUUCUUGUGCAUGCGUGUGCAGGGAAUUAAGUGCAGCACAAGAAGUAGACGCUCCCUGUCCUCAGCACAUGAGCAGCAGCAGCAGCAAGGAUCCAGGAGGGGCACUGGCCUUUUGAUUUGGCGCCAGGCAGCAGCACAGGGAAGGCCAGCGGGGCGCAGCAAGGAGAUUAGUUUUAGGCCAGCAAGCCAGGCGUGUGUGGGAAACUCAAGCAUCAAUCUUUUUCCUUGCUCUGUGUACUGGUUGUUUGAUUUUGCAGGGAGAAGGGCAGUAACCAGUGAGCACCAAUCAAACUUAGAUUGCAGCAGCCUCACUGCGCACACAAGGUGUUCGAUGAUUUGCUGCACUACAAUCAACAGCACGUUCAUUUUGUCUUGACGAGCAGCAACACUACGCAGGUAAUUAGCAGCAUACAUCGCCAGACAGAACACCCAUACAUUCAUGGAGGUGAUUCAAGAAGUCCUUAAGCAUGGCUCAGCAAAUGGCGUCCGUGCAGCUAUCAGAGCUGACAAAAAGAGUUACAGCCUUGUCCAGCUUAUUGCAGCUUCCCUGGAUGUCCACAAAAUUUUGUGCAGCAAAAAUAUGACACGGAAUGGAACACAUAAUUCUUCUUUGGAAGGAAUGAAUGGAACAGGAUUCCUUCAUGGAGCUCGUGUUGGCAUUGUGGCUAAACCCUCUCCUGAAUUUGUUGCUGGGGUAUUUGGAACCUGGCUUUCUGGUGGAGUUGCAGUUCCCCUUGCACUUAGCUAUCCAGAAGCUGAGCUUCUUCACGUCAUGAACGAUUCGGAUAUUUCAAUGAUUUUAAGCACCAAGGAGCAUCAUGAAAUGAUGGAGAACCUUUCUAUCAAAUGUUCUGCUUAUUGUUCUCUCCUUCCAUCUAUCACUAGUAUACCUUCAGAAAUAAAUCCCCAAGAACCUUCAAGCAAUGAGGUGACUUCAUCAGUCUCUAGUUUAAUAACUGAGGCCAACAGUUCAAACAAAAUCAAAGGAGAUGAUCCUGCUCUUAUCCUUUACACAAGUGGCACAACUGGGAAACCAAAAGGAGUUGUUCACACCCACAAGGGCAUCCUUUCUCAGGUCCAAAUUCUUUCAGAAGCAUGGGGAUAUCGAAGUGAGGAUCAAUUUCUGCACUGUCUCCCGCUGCAUCAUGUGCAUGGCCUUUUCAAUGCUCUAUUUGCACCCCUCUAUUCUGGAUCAGUGGUUGAGUUUAUUCCGAAAUUUAGCGUGAGCGGGAUAUGGCAGAGAUGGAGGGAAUCAUAUCCCAACGAUGCCAGUAAAAACGAUGAGGCCAUUACAGUAUUUACUGGAGUUCCAACCAUGUAUACACGUCUGCUGCAAGGGUAUGAUAAUAUGGAUCCUGCUCAACAAUCUGCCUGUUCUUAUGCUGCAAAGCAGUUGAGGUUAAUGAUGUGCGGGUCAUCAGCUCUUCCUUCACCACUUAUGAAGCGGUGGGAGGAAGUGACAGGUCACCGUCUUUUGGAACGUUAUGGCAUGACUGAGUUUGUCAUGGCACUGUCUAAUCCCUUGCAUGGUAUCCGGAAAGAAGGUACAGUUGGUAAACCUCUUCCACGUGUUGAGGCUAAGAUUAUUAUGGAUGAUGGGACUGAAACUACAACUGGAGUUGGUGAGCUCUGCAUUAGAAGUCCAACCCUUUUCAAGGAGUACUGGAAAAGACCAGAGGUUACAUCAGAAUCCUUCAUCGAUGGUGGAUUCUUCAAGACAGGUGAUACAGUAACUGUAGAUGAGGAGGGAUACUUCAUAAUUUUAGGACGCACAAAUGCUGACAUUAUGAAAGUUGGCGGUUAUAAGUUGUCAGCACUAGAAAUUGAGGCCGUGCUGCUAGAGCAUGAUGCUGUAUUGGAAUGCGCUGUCCUUGGCUUGCCUGAUGAAGCCUAUGGGGAGGUCAUAUGUGCAAUAAUUGUGCCUAAGGAGGAUGCGAAGAAAAUGGUGGAGCAGGACUCAAAGCCAGCACUAACCUUGGAAGCAUUGACAAAUUGGUCGAAAGAUAAGCUUGCUCCAUACAAGAUUCCAACAAGAUUGUACUUGUGGGAUUCUCUUCCUCGCAAUGCCAUGGGAAAGGUUAAUAAGAAGGAGCUGAAGAAAUUAUUAGGAGCUUAGCUACUGAGUUUAUAGAUACAUUUAUUUGUUCGUUUCAUUAAAGUUUAGUAAGGUGGACUCGUCAUAGAGAUUAGCAAAUAAGUUAUUUCCUCACCAUGUAACAAUAAUUUUCCAAAACUUUCCUCCAUUCAUAUUUUAUUGUAUUUUUCUUCAGUAUUUAUAUAGCCAAAGAUAAUCUGUCGGGGAAAAAAAACACCAACUAUAGGAAAUUCGCAACGGCCUGAGCUGCACUGCACA